UCCAAGUGACAUGAAACAUCGUUUCCACCGCCACCAGUCGACCAGCAGUCUCCAUGGCAGCUUCAAUCACAACCACGACACCAGUCUGCCGCUGGUGGCCGAAGAGCCGGAGGAGCACCAGGAUAACAAAGGGCCGGUAUACGACCCAAAGCAGGACGUGUUUGUCAGCCUCUUUAAAUCUCUCCACCCUCUGCCUCCUGAGUCCCAUCCAGCUGCAGCCAGAUCCAUUAAGCUCCUCGCCAAGAUUCCCAAAGAUGCCGAAGCUGUCAUUGUUUUAGUUGGCAACGCUGAGUUCCUGGAGCAGCCGGCCAUGGCCUUCGUGCGGCUGAACGAGGCGGUCCUCCUGGAGUCCGUGCUGGAGGUCCCUGUCCCUGUGCGCUUCCUCUUCGUCCUGCUGGGCCCCAGUCAGGCCAACGUGGACUAUCAUGAGAUCGGACGCUCCUUCUCAACCCUCAUGUCAGAUAAGAGCUUCCAUGAGGUGGCCUAUUUCGCUGACGACAGACAGGACCUCCUGAACGGUAUCAACGAGUUCUUGGACUGCAGCAUUGUAAUCCCCCCUUCAGACGUUGCGGGCAAAGACCUCCUGAAGACGGUGGCUGACUUCCAGAAGCAGAUGCUGCGCAAGAGGAAGGAGAGGGAACUCAAGAGGCACCACUCCUCCGCUGGAAUGGAGCCCAACAACAAAG